GCAAGUGCGAGAUGUGUGCAGAUUACCGAAGCAAGGUGAAGAUCACCAUGAAGCGGUUCAAGCUGCACAAAGCCAAAAGGGAAUGCCAAACCAUUUCGCUGGACCUAGGGGAGUUUACCUCUCCCGAGGAUUGUGCAACUGUGGCGCUGCAGGAGCCCGAGUGUGGGAAGAUGCUCAUGUACUCCUGGAAUUACCCUAACUGGGGCUGCCGUUGCUGCGCGCCUGACACACCUGCUUCAGACCAGGAGAAGCCAGAGUGGAAC